CCCCCUAGACCGAGAAGGCGGCACCAUGGCUGCGCCCCCGCUCGCGCCCCCGCCGCGCCCCGUCACCCACCUCAUCUUUGACAUGGACGGCCUUCUUCUGGAUACUGAACGGCUGUAUUCAGUGGUGUUUCAAGAAAUAUGUGGCCGCUACGGGAAGAAUUACACCUGGGACGUGAAAUCCCUGGUUAUGGGUAAGAAGGCGCUGGAGGCCGCGCAGAUCAUCAUAGACGUCUUGCAGCUCCCCAUGUCCAAGGAGGAGCUGGUGGAAGAAAGCCAAGCCAAGUUAAAGGAGCUGUUCCCCACGGCUGCGCUCAUGCCAGGAGUUGAAAGACUCAUUCGCCACCUUCGAAAACACAACGUACCCUUUGCCGUCGCCACCAGCUCUGGGUCUGUGUCAUUCGAAAUGAAGACAAGCAGACACAAGGAAUUCUUCGGUUUGUUCUGUCACAUCGUUUUGGGAGAUGACCCAGAAGUGAAGAGCGGGAAGCCGGAGCCUGACAUAUUCCUGGCUUGUGCCAAGAGGUUCUCCCCGCCUCCUCCCGUGGAGCAGUGCCUUGUCUUUGAAGAUGCUCCCAACGGGGUGGAGGCGGCCCUGGCAGCCGGGAUGCAGGUGGUUAUGGUUCCAGACGGGCACCUGAGCCGGGACCUGACAGCAAAGGCCACGCUGGUGCUGGACUCCCUGCAGGACUUCCGGCCCGAGCUGUUCGGGCUGCCCCCCUACGAGUGAGGGUGGGCGUGUCCUGCACUCCCAGCCCACGCCGGGGCCAUGCUGCUGGGCAGGCCACAGCACUGAAGCGGCAACCUGCAUAUUGAUCCUGGCCUGUUGAAACUUGCCUUUCUUCCUGUUGGCUUGGCCCGCUCCGUAAAGUGUUGAUAAGACAGGGCUUGGCAGUUGACAGAAAACAAAGUAGAGAUAGCUCAGAACAGAGGUGAAACUUGAAUUAUCAUCUGAAAAAUCAAGCUGGUGUAGUCUGUGAUAAAGCGAAUAGACAUGCAUGUGUAUACCAGUGUGCUAACAUGCAUGUAGGCUUUAUAUAUAUAUGAAGAGGUGUAUAUGUAUAUAUAUAUGCAUGCAUG